GUGUGUGUGUGUGUGUGAUGUGACAGUGUGAGGAUGAAGAGGAGAGAUUGAGCAGGACUCCACGCAGAGGAAGAUCCACCAGAGCAUCUGAAACACGCUCUGCUUCACAGCCCAAGGAGGCGGAGCCAGCUGUGGAGGAGGAGCCAAAAGAGCAGGGCCGCAGGAGUCGCCGCUCCGCAGCUCAGACCAGAGACACUCCUGCAGUGAGACCUGGACUGAAACGAAAGAGAUCAGACGAUCUUCCUGCUUCUGCACCAGACUGGAGCGCAGAGGUGAAGGAGGAACCAGAUCAAUCUGUCAAACAGAGGAAAGAUGAAGCUAGUCCAUCUGAAGAUCAGGAGAUGAUCAAAGCGAGUGAUGAAGAGGAGGAGAGGAAGGAUGAGGAAGACGUGACUCAGGAGGACCGGCAGCAGAAACCGUCCCGUCGUGGACGACCCUCCAAAACCUCCUCUGCCACAGAUGACUCUGACACAGGAGCGUCAGAGAAGAGAGAGGGAGAGAGAGAACGAGAGGAUGAUGAAGAGGAGAGCAGAGGCAGAGCGACGACUCGUGCUGCGUCUCGUCUGGAGGCAGAGAAGAACAAACCCAACAAACCGUCCACUCGAGCGCUCAGUAAACUCAGCGGGAAAGAGGAAAACUCCCCGAACACACGGUCGGUGAGGGGACGCAAGCGUGACUCGAGUCCUGCUCUUCCUCGCACACGUGGAGCACAGAAAUCUGAUGAGCCGCCUUCAAAAAGAGCCAAACGAUGAUGAGUCUCCGUUUCAUCUCCUCCGGUUCUUCGCUAGUUGUAGUUCAAAGGUCAGGGAGUGUUGGGAGAUGAGUCUGAAUCAGAGCAGCUGAGAAUCAACAUGAUUCAGUUCUGCAGACGAAUCAAGAGACUGAUGAUGAAGAACUGCUGUGUGUGAACAACUCAAUUCAAAACAUAGUAUUGACUGAGA